CUCAUUAUCCCCUUAUUUAUGACAUACUGCAGAAAUGCACAUAAAUCCUAUCCCCAGCCAAAGCUUCAUGCCUCUUCCUCGCCCUUCCUCUGUCCCCGCUUUCAAGAACCCCACUCUCUCUCCUCUCCCUUCCUUUCUCUCUCUAAAACCCAGAACCUUCACAAACUCCCCAUAUUACCCAUUGCCCAAAACCAUACCAAACCAAUGCGUGGCCCUCCUCCAAAACUGCAAUUCUCUCCCCUCUGUCAAGCAAAUCCACGCCUUCGGCCUCCGAAAUGGCGUCGCCCCCUCGGACCCACUCGUCGGAAAACACCUCAUCUUCUCUCUAGUUUCUCUCUCUACCCCAAUGCGCUACGCCCUCAACAUUUUCUCUCACAUCCAAUUCCCAAAUGCUUUCACAUGGAACACUAUGAUCAAAGGCUUCUCUGACCAAGAGCAGGCCCAAAAAUCCAUUGAUUUUUUCCACCAGAUGGUAAAUGACGGAAUUGCCCCUGAUACCCACACCUACCCUUUCUCUCUUAAGGCCUGUGCAAUGCUGAAUUCUCUCAGGGAGAGCGAGAAAAUCCAUUGCAAAGCCUUAAAAGACGGGUUUGGUUCUUUGGUUUUUGGCCAAAAUGCCCUUAUCCAUGCCUAUUCGGCCUGUGGUGAGCCGGAGCGCGCGCACCAACUGUUCACUGAAAUGCCCCUGAAGAACCUUGUCUCUUGGAAUUCGAUAAUUAAUGGUUUCGCCAUCAAUGGCCGGCCGAACGAGGCGUUGACGCUCUUCGAUCGAAUGCGUGGUGGGCAUGUAGGCCCUGGGCCCAUGGGCCUGGAGCCUGAUGGGUUUACAAUUGUGAGCUUAUUAUCGGCCUGCGCUGAGCUUGGUGCGCUUAAUUUAGGCCAAAGGGUCCAUAACUAUGCAAUUAAACUCGGGUUCAACUUUAAUACCCAUGUCUUGAACUCUUUGAUCGAUUUCUAUAGCAAAUCGGGGGUCAUUUUUGGAGCGAGAGAAGUGUUCGAUGAGAUGGUUGAGAGGACCGUGGUCUCGUGGACUGCAAUGAUUUGUGGGCUUGCAGCCCAUGGGCUGGCAAUCGAGGCCCUCGCAUUAUUCCGUGGUCUAGAGAGAGAAAGGGUGAGACCUAGUGAGAUAACAUUUGUUGGGGUGUUGUAUGCUUGUAGCCAUGCUGGUUUGGUAGACCAAGGUUUUAAGUAUUUCAAGAGUAUGAGAGAUAAUUAUGGUAUAGAGCCCAAAAUUGAGCACUAUGGCUGCAUGGUUGAUCUUUUGGGGAGGGCUGGUUUAGUGAGAGAAGCCCAUGAAUUCAUGAGAGAGAUGCCUAUUGAGCCUAAUGCAGUUAUUUGGAGGACUUUGUUGGGUGCCUGUGCCAUUAAUGGACAUGUAGAGCUUGGUGAAUUGGCUCGAGCCCAAUUGGGUCGGCUCGAACCGAGACAUAGCGGUGAUUAUGUUCUUCUAUCUAACUUAUAUGCAUCAGAUGGAAGGUGGUCAGAUGCGCAAAGAGAGAGAUCGAUGAUGGUGAGAGAGAAAGUGAAGAAAACACCGGGUUACAGCUUAAUCGAACAUGAUAACAAGGUUCACGAGUUCAUUAGAGGAGACAGGACGCACCCGCAAUCUAGAGAGAUAUAUGAGAUGCUUAGAGAGAUUGCAGAGAAGCUCAGGUUUCAUGGUCAUGUGCCUGUUACUUCGAAUGUGCUUGCUGAUAUCGACGAGGAAGAGAGAGAAAGCGCGCUUAUUUAUCACAGUGAGAAGUUGGCAAUCGCAUUUGGGCUUAUUAACAUGCCGAGGGGGGCACCGAUAAGGGUGGUAAAGAACCUUAGAGUGUGCCAUGACUGUCAUUCUGCUACAAAGAUCAUUGCAAAGAUCUUUGAGAGAGAGAUAAUAGUGAGAGAUCGGAGUAGGUUUCACCAUUUUAAAGAUGGAUUUUGUUCUUGUAACGAUUAUUGGUGAAUUUACAGUAAUAA